AUGUCCACUACAGCAACACCAGGCCCAAGCAUCCCUACCGCCAACACUGCAGCCAACCCUAUUACUAUGACUCAGGCUGACGUUCAGAAUUUUAUGCAGCUCAUACACCAACAGAACACAUCUAUUGAACAGUUAAAGGGCACAGUCUCCACCCUCUCUCGGCACGGGAAUGGAAUGAUGACCCCCCGCACGGUAGGAGGCACAUCAACCAUACUCGCUACCCUCGCGCAGAGCCUACCAGGAGCACUAGAAACAAAAGCAAUCAAAGGUAAGUUGCCACCACACGAAUAA